AUGGUGCUUAUAACUGAGAAUGGUGUUGCAGGAGGUCUUCUUCUGGUAAUCGAUCACCACAAUGGCACAAGUGACAACCAAACAGGAGAAGAGGCCUCUAUACAGAGCUCCACUUUUGCUGAGCAUGCUGAAGAGUCUUAUUAUGGAGAUGAUGAAGAGCACCAUCAUUGUAAUGAUGAAGAUGACGAUGAUGAUGUCUACCAAGAAUUUGAGGAGUUGGACUUUUCAGCACUACCAGAUACCAAGAGCAUUGCAUCCGGCGACUCCUUUUACCCACCUGAUGAUUUGCUUAACUAUGAAGAAGCUCCGAGCCCAGAGGCAGUCACCUUCUUCAAGGCCUGCUGCACUAACAAUGUCAUCAUUGUCAAAAUCAUGAUGAGGCAAGGUGUGACUGAGGAAGAUGUGCGAGAGGUCGACAAAAAUAACAGAACAGGUCUGAUAGUUGCAUGUUACCAGGGCUAUGUGGAUGUGGUUGUAGCUCUUUCUCAAUGUCCGUAUGUGGAUGUGAACUGGCAAGAUAAUGAGGGGAACACAGCUCUCAUGACGGCUGCACAAGCAGGACACAGUAUGAUUACCUACUACCUGCUGAACUAUUAUCCUGGUCUGGACCUUGAGCGCAGAAACUGUCAUGGCUUCACUGCGAUGAUGAAAGCAGCCAUGCAGGGCCGAGCUGAAUGCGUACGAGCCCUUAUGAUGACAGGAGGAGAUGUUGAAGCAAGGGACUUUGGGCGCAAGCUAACCCCACGGGAAUGGGCCCUUUUUACGGGCCGCUACCAGACGGCCAUGCUGAUCUCACGACUGAUGGAACAGCCAUGUGCCGAACAGUUCUGUGACUCUUACCGAAUGGAGUGGCCCAUGCUGAGUGAGCUAGUGGCCCAAUCGGAGGAGCCCAAGUCCUGCUGGAGGAAAUUCUCGCAGCGUAUCUGCACCCUGUUUACCAUCAGCAUGAAGGUGAACCCCGUAGACGAUGGCGUUCUGCACUACAUGGUACGGAUGACCACGGCAUUGGCCAGCCCUUUCAUAGCCACCGCCUGCCGCACCGUGUGCCCGGGCAGCCCUCCGUGCGUGGGUAAAUUUCGCCCUGCUGUGCAGGAUAUCUUCCGUAAACAGCGUCUGGCUGAGCUUAAGAACCUGGGACCCGAACGUCUCAACAACUACAAGCGUCUCUUCCAGAACUCCAGAGUGCUGCUGGUCCCCAAGAAGCAGGAGCGUCGAGCCAGCCUGCAGAACCAGUUGCUGCAAAACGUCGCCAGCGUGGCCCUAAGGAGAAGCAGCCUGCUGCCCCUUCACAUGAUGCGAAGGAGCAGCGUGCGCCCCGGUAUGGUGGUGCCUAAAGUCAUGCUGUGCAAAGCUCCUCCUCUCUCAUUCAUCCCUGAGAGGGCGGGCAAGGCUACGAAAGACUCAAAACAUCUACAGAUCCCCAAAUGGAAGUACAAGGCAGUGAAGGAGGAGAAAAAGCAAGCCGAACAGAUGGAUACAUUGAGAUUGCCUAUUUUAAAGAAAAAGUGA